CAAUUUUAGUUUCGGCUGUGUACCAGUUCAAUUCAAUCUUCUUAUUCUCCUUUUUCAUACUUUUUUUUUUUUUGGUUUCGUGGUGGUUCAAUUCAAUUUUUAUUUUUAUGUAUAUCAUAAUUAUCAUUCUAUUUGUGCAUCGGGUUUUCACCCUCUUUGUGUAACUGACGGAGUAGAACAUGAAACAGAAGAUAGAUACUGGUGUUACUUUGAAGAAGCUAUGACAUCGGAUAGCUUAUGUUAUUAGUGAUAAAAAUGAUUUUUUUUUUUUAAAAUAAAAAACUUAUGCUUGUCGUUUGAUGACAAGGUAUAUGUGGAAGCUUUUAGGGGUUUAGUUCUUUUUAUGAAAUGAUGCGAUUCUGGAACCAGUUUAUGCCAGGAUCAUCGUUUGGUUUGCUUAAUAGUUUGCUGAUGGCACUUUUAAAGAGCUCGAUAUCACGUGUUCUUAGAAGGAACAAAUGGCUGGAAUGACUAAGGAGGAAGAGUCAGGUAGUCCUAGCUGGGGUGCUUCAUUUUUUAUGCAGACAACGGAGGAUGUGGCUAGAGCUGUCGCUGCUGCUAUGAAUUCUCCAAGACCAUCUGUGAUAUAUUCAUCUAAAAAUGAUCAUGGUGGCAGUCAACUUCAAAAACUGCAGCAUCAAGUUACGAAAAUGAUAAAAGGAUUUUCUCGCCCUUCUGAUGUUCAAUAUGCAAAUUACAAUCCGGAAAUCUUGACAUCGCAGAAGCGUCAAUGGGCUGAAAACUUUCAGUUGCAGUACUUGGACCAUAGGUCUUGGAAGGAGCCAACAAGGCUGUUUGAAAGCAUGGUUGUCGUUGGACUUCAUCCUAAUUGUGAUAUUCAGGCACUGCAAAGGCAAUAUUUUUCAAGAAAAUCUGAAAGCCCUGGUAAAUUGAGAAGUGCACUUGGCUAUCAGAAUCAUUCCCGUGUAGAACCUAAUCUAGAACCUCAGGUCUUAUUUGUUUACCCUCCAGAAAAACAGCUGCCUCUUAAAGACAAGGAUCUUUUCUCUUUCUGCUUCCCAGGAGGCUUGGAGGUUAAUGCUGUUGAGAGAACCCCUUCCAUGAGUGAGUUGAACGAAAUUCUUUAUGGGCAGGAACACCUUAAACAAAGGGACCUGUCUUUUGUAUUUAGAUUGCAGGGUGCUGAUAAUUCAACACUUUAUGGGUGCUGUGUCUUAGUAGAAGAGUUAGUGCAAAAACCCUCUGGAUUGCUCUCCCUGAUUUCUGAUAAGCAGUCAACUUAUUCUUCUUGGAAACGCCAUAUAUUAACCACACAGAGAUGUUACUGCAUUCUGUCAAGGCUCCCAUUUUUUGAAUUGCACUUUGGUGUAUUGAAUAGCAUCUUCAUGCAAGAACGGCUAGAGCGGUUGACAAGAAGUGUUGGAGAUUUAAAUUUAGAAUACAUUGAAGGUAGCUGUGAGGAAGAAAAUUUGGGGGGAAAUUCAGAGUGCAUGUUGGUGAAUGAUAGAUUGGAAGAUAGACACAAUGAAAAUCCAAGGAUUUCUCAAUCAAGCCUAAGAAAUUCCUCACCUGAGAACAUUGAGGAUGAUAGUAAUAAUCCUGAGAAACAAAUGCUUAAUGAGGAGCUGCAUACAUUUAAGGAGGGAGUUGAUGAUCACAAUGCUGUGCAUAUUGAUCCUGAAACUGAUAGAAAAAUUGUCAAAGAAUCUGUCCCUACAAAUGUUGAAGAUAGUGAUUUGUAUGGAGAUGCUUUUGUAACAAACAAACAGUCAGAAGAUAGGCGUUUACCAAAUGCUAUUCUACCACUUCUGCGGUAUUGCCAGUAUGAAAGUUCCGAAUCUUCCUGCAGUUUUCAGUCUUCUCCUUGUGAAGACAGAAAUUUUAGGAGUGAUGCGGAUGAUACCGAGACAGAAGAUGCUUCAUUCUCUGGCCAAGAGGAUUUAAAUGACCUACAUGAUAUUCUUGAAUGGGCUAAGGCAAAUAACUGUGGACCAUUACAGAUUAUAAGUGAGUAUUAUAGCUUAGGUUGCCCUGCAAGGGGCUCGACACUUCGGUUUCAUCCUUUGGAGCACCUGCAUCCCUUGGAAUAUCACAGACCAGAUGAGACAAUUUUACAUUUAGCUGGUACAACCUUUGAUUUGAAAUCUUGCAGUACCAGUCUGGAAUUAGCAGAGGCAUAUAAUUCUAUUCUGGCUGAGGAGGAGGCAACUGCGUUAUCUAUAUGGGCUGUAGCAUGUAUAUGUGGUACCUUGAGACUUGAAAAUGUGUUAACAUUCUUUGCAGGAGCUCUACUGGAGAAGCAGACAGUUUUUGUCUGUUCUAAUUUGGGAAUCCUGUCUGCUUCAGUUUUAUCAGUUAUUCCACUAAUUCGGCCCUACCAAUGGCAAAGCUUGCUAAUGCCAGUUUUACCAAAUGACAUGCUUGAGUUUCUGGAUGCACCUGUCCCUUACAUAGUUGGUAUCAAGAACAAAACCAAUGAAGUUCAGUCAAAGUUGACUAAUAAUGUUAUCCUGAUUGACGCCAACAGAAACCAGGUGAAGUCAUCAACUAUACCUCAACUCCCAAGGCAGAAAGAAUUAAUCUCUUCAUUGCGUCCUUAUCAUGCAAUUCUUGUGGGAGAAAGCUACUUGGGUAGUAGAAGGCCGGUGUUUGAAUGCACGGAAGUGCAGAUAGAAGCUGCCAAGGGGUUCUUAUCGGUGUUGAGGUCUUAUUUGGAUUCCCUUUGCUAUAACAUUCGUUCUCAUACUAUAACCAAUGUACAAUCCAAUGACGAUAAGGUAUCCUUGCUUUUGAAGGAGAGUUUCAUCGACUCAUUUCCUUAUCGUGAUCGGCCUUUCAUGAAGCUUUUCGUGGAUACACAGCUCUUCUCUGUGCAUACGGAUCUUGUUCUCUCUUUCUUCCAAAAGGAAUAGUACUGAAAUGCAAAAUAUUUGGGAGUAUUAGUGCCUUCCAAAGCUUGAACGCAAGUUCAGUGUUGUAUAAUUUCUCGAAUUAUAUAUGAGCUAAAAUUUUCUCCCUACAUGUAACGCAAAAUUCCACCUGCUUAGGCUUGCUGCAGAACCUGUAUAUAAUUUGUUAUAGUUUAUUGAAUCUUAAUAAGCGCUAUUAAGGUUUUAUUCUAUGUAAAUGACAUUUUUUUCAUACACCAAAAUUUAAAGCGAUGCUUUAUGCUCACAAGAUAAUGAGAAAGUUACCCCAGAA